AUGUUCACGAUCUUCAUAGUACCUUCAACAUUAUGCAGUAUCUUUAAUAUCUAUUAUCUUCUUACGAAACGAACAUAUCGCGAAGAACUAAGCAAUCAUGUUAUUAUCUUUAUUCUUAUUUUUGCUCUUUUCUUCACGCUCACCGAUACUGUUUGGUGUAUAUUUUAUUAUCAUACGAAUUCAUCGUUACUAUCAACGCCUGCAUUCUGUCUCACUUGGAUUUAUUUAGAUUUCGCAGUAUUUACGUCAGUGAUUAUGCUCACCGCUUGGGCAUCGAUUGAACGGCAUAUGUUGAUUUUUCAUCAAAAUUUUAGUGCAACACCAUUGAGACGUUUGAUGUUUCACUAUGUGCCCUUGAUGAUAUUCGCGAUUUAUCCAUUUAUUUAUUAUUUUAUUGUAUUUUUUCUGAUACCUUGUGACAUUCCAUUUGAUUACAAUCAACUUCGAUGUGGAAUCGGUUCUUGUGCAUAUGUAGAUACAUCAUUUGCUCUAUGGGAUAGCAUUGUAAACAGUAUACUACCUAUUUUUGCGAUAGUACUCUUUAGUUUUGCACUCAUCGUUCGUGUUUGGUAUAGUAAAUAUCGAAUGGGUCAACGAUUUCCAUGGCGAAAUUAUAGAAAAAUGCUCUUUCAAUUAUUAUCCAUAUCUUUUCUAUAUUUCGUUCUCGCUUUUCCAGCAAUGGUCUUGUAUACAGCUUACACAGCUGGUGUAUCAUAUGAUGUAGGCGCUGAUUUCUUUGAAAUUGGUAUAUAUUUAAUAUCUUUUAUUGCAUUAUUAACUCCGUUUGUGUUGAUCGUUUUAUUACCGGAAUUUCGAGCAACAAUUCGAAAGAUUAUCGGAUUUUUUCGACGAGAAAAACACGCUGUUGUACCUCAAGCAAUGCCAAUCAAUCGUUUGAGAGAUUAUCCAGGUGUUUAUGUAACACGUACGGAUUUAUUUUGA